UCUCCCCUCCGGAAAUCUCCUCGAUUCCUCCGUCACCACCGUACCGUAACCGAGACUGGUCGCAAUGUUGUCGCUCAAUCUAUCUUUGAAACCCCAACAUCUCAAGCUCUUAUCUUGUUACACGGAUUCGUCUGCUCCUUCAAUCGCGAAAAAGUUGAUCAAGGAAUCAAAGCUAUCUAGGGACUUCAGUCAAAAGAUACAAAUCGUAGACUACGCUCCAUUAGUUCAAACUUUAAGCCAGAGAAGAUUACCUGAUGUAGCUCAUGAGAUUUUUCUCCAAACGAAAUCAGUUAACUUGUUACCAAAUUACAGAACCCUUUGUGCUCUUAUGCUUUGUUUUGCUGAAAAUGGGUUUGUUCUUCGAGCACGUACGAUUUGGGAUGAGAUUAUAAACAGUUGUUUUGUACCUGAUGUCUUUGUAGUCUCUAAGCUUAUAUCUGCUUAUGAGCAAUUUGGUUGUUUUGAUGAAGUUGCCAAGAUCACCAAGGAUGUUGCUGCAAGGCACUCGAAGCUUCUUCCGGUUGUGUCUUCACUUGCUAUAUCCUGUUUUGGUAAGAAUGGACAGUUGGAACUGAUGGAGGGUGUUAUAGAGGAAAUGGAUUCAAAGGGAGUGUUGUUAGAGGCUGAGACUGCUAAUGUGAUUGUUAGAUACUAUAGUUUUUUCGGUAGUUUAGAUAAGAUGGAGAAGGCUUAUGGCCGGGUUAAGAAGUUUGGUAUUGUGAUAGAGGAAGAAGAGAUAAGAGCUGUGGUGUUAGCGUACUUGAAACAACGGAAGUUUUAUCGGUUACGCGAGUUUUUGUCAGAUGUUGGUCUCGGUAGAAGAAAUCUUGGAAAUAUGUUAUGGAAUUCUGUAUUACUGUCAUAUGCAGCUGAUUUUAAGAUGAAAAGCUUGCAGAGAGAGUUUAUUGGAAUGCUUGAUGCGGGUUUCUCUCCUGACCUUACCACCUUUAACAUUCGCGCUCUUGCGUUUUCUAGAAUGGCUCUCUUCUGGGAUCUACAUCUCACUCUUGAACAUAUGAGACGUUUGAACAUUGUUCCGGAUCUUGUGACUUUCGGAUGUGUUGUCGAUGCAUAUAUGGAUAAGCGACUAGCGAGAAAUUUGGAGUUUGUAUACAACCGAAUGAAUCUGGACGAUUCUCCUCUUGUCUUAACUGAUCCACUUGCAUUUGAAGUUCUGGGGAAAGGGGAUUUCCAUCUUAGCUCGGAAGCUGUUUUGGAGUUCAGUCCACGGAAAAACUGGACGUAUAGAAAGCUAAUUGGAGUUUAUCUCAAGAAAAAGUUGCGGAGAGACCAGAUUUUCUGGAAUUACUAGCUACAUGCCACAUCUUUGCUGCAAAGACCGUCACUCUUUGCUCACUAUCACAAUCCCCCUGAUAAACUUUUCCGAUGCUUGAAAUGAAACAUUGAGGUUAGAGAGUCUUCUUGCUACUAGAUUUACAUAUAAAUCAUACAUGCCUGUAUUUACAAUGUUUUAUUGUUAAAUAGAUAUGUAUAUUGAAUUACAUACAUAUUAUUAAUGCACAUUUUUAUCCGGAGUUGUGGACCAUAGAAAGACAUAUUGACUCCUCAAAGUAAAUUCUGCAUGUUACAUUGAAA